AAUACAAAAGCAAUUUUGGUACAUUAUGUGAGAUAAUGACCUAAUAUGAUAGAUUUUUCUAAAUAUCAAGUGUUGUAAACAUUACUUAUUGAAUAAGCUGUAUCUCUCAUUGAUUUAUGAUACUACUUUGAAAAUACACUGAGUUCUUAAGUUUCUUGGGCCUGCUUCUGGGUUAGCCGUUCUGUUCUGUUGACUAGUAUAUCUAUUCUUCUGCCAGUACCACACUGCUUUUAGGAUUUUUUUGGAAACAAAACAAAAAUCAGAAGUUCUUCUUACAGCAUUACAUAGAAGCAGAUUUUACCUAUUCAGAUAAUUUUUUUGGUGGCAUAAGUAAAUAAAGAAAACCUCGCUGAAUGAGUAUAGAUAUCAGAAGAUUUAGAAGAGUGAAGAAAAAAAGUUAUAUGCUUAAAGAUGAUUAAGACAGAAGAAGAAGGGAAGCAAAGAAACAGUAGCUGUAGAGCAUGUUACUUGAAUGGGCACAGUGCACAGCACAGAGGGAGAACAAGACAGUAUGCAGAAUGCAGAGAAGAAAAGGUGUAAGAGAGAAGAACAAAAUAGCCAUAAAGUGACAAAAAUGGAAAGGAAGGAGAAAAUGGAGAAACAAUGUGAAGAUUUGUGAGAAGAGAUUAACCUUGUAAUUUUGGAUAAGUUAUUUAGUAUAUCUGGGUCAAUUUCGUGAAUAAAAUGAUAGGAAAUGCCUCAAAGUGUUUCUCAUAGUUAUAUGACAUUGUAAACCCUUCAGGAGGGUAGCUGGCACAAGAGCACUGCCCUAUAAUGAAAUUUUUCCCAUGAUCUCCCUAGACUGCAAAUUCCUUGCGGGCAAAGGCCUCAUGUGUCUCCGUCCUUGAUGUUUUUCUGGUACCUAAAUCAAUGCCUGGAACAUCAGAAGUGCACAAUAAUUAUUUGUUGAAAAGUGUUAGUAACUUCAUCCUUCCGGACAUUCUCAGCAAUCAUUGCCUUUCAUGUGGGUUCUACGACUCGGCUGCAGAGAGAAGUGACAGCUCACCCUCAGUGCCACUGCUGGGUUUCCUAGCAGCUAGAAGGACUGCUGCUCUCAAGACCUCCCCAGAGAUUACUCUGGGAUGGAAAUUCUCAGCCUCAACUGGAGUUUAGCAACAGUAAGGAAAACCAAAAGAAGUGUAAUUUUCCAAAAUCAAGUUAACUAAGACUCCUGUCCUCUUAUGUACUCACCCUCCCUGAAGGGUUACUCUCAGGAUACUUCUUUAAGGUAACAGGAAUUAUAUCAGAGAGAGAACCCUGCUACAUUGAAGCCUGGGUGCUCAGCUCAACACAGCUAGGAAGUCUGGAGGAACCAACCUUCAACACUGAGGCAACCCCAGCAAAGAGGUUGGGUUGCUCCUCUGCAAACUCCCCAUCCCUGCUGUAAAGUGAAACCAUUUACAGUAUUUCCUACAUCGUGGCAUCUCUUGGCAUCUGCUCUCCUAAGCUUGCUCCAAAUGCUCCCUUCGUGGCCUCAGCAUAAUCAGUAUGAGCGGAGCUCUUUCCCUGAAUGAAUCCAAGUAACCCCAGUGGUUGCCUUCUGAAAUGACCAGCAGACACACUUCUAUACAGAGGCUGCCCAAAGUGUAAACUCUGGUUCUAACGUACCAUGUCCAGCCAAGGAAGUCCUGGUGUGGAGUUUUCUACGACAACAGUCAGUUCAGUAGCUGUGCAGGCUGGGGACUCCAGAAUCAUUAUAGCUGUCAUAAAGUGUGGCAAAUGGGUACAACUGCAGUUGGCUGAAUCACAGCCCAAUCUUUUAGAAAUUGGAAGCAGUCAAGAUGAAGCCAAAAAACUUCUUCAUGAUCAUGAACUUCUUUUGGCCAAGCUCAAGGCUUUGGAAGACCGAGUGUGGGAACUCUUGCAGGAAGCAGACAAGGCGGCUGAAGAGAACAAGGAUCAGAGUCAGGUCUAUGAUGCCAUGGCCGAAACGCUGGGCGAAGCAUGGGCAGCCCUGGUCUCCAUGCUUGAGAGAAGAAGGGAGCUUCUCAGGUUGACCUCUGAAUUUUUUGAAAAUGCCUUGGAGUUUGCCAUUAAAAUAGACCAAGCGGAAGAUUUCCUCCAGAACACUCAGGAGUUCGAGAGUGUUGAGUCGUUAAAAUCACUUCUUCAGCUUCAUGAGCAUCAUACCAAAGAACUCUUAGAACGAUCUCUAGCCCUCUUAAACAAAAGUCAACAACUCACUGACUUCAUAGAAAAAUUCAAAUGUGAUGGACCUAAUGUAAAUCCCGAGAUGGUUCAGGGAGCUCAUAACAGCUGCCUGAAGAUCGACAGCCUUCUUGAACUUCUGCAAGACAGGAGACGGCAACUAGACAAGUACCUGAAGCAACAGCGGCAGGAACUGAGUCAGGUUCUGCAGAUAUGUCAGUGGGACCAACAAGAAAGUCAGGUUACUUGUUGGCUUCAGAAAACCGUAAGAGAUUUACAAGAGCAAAGUCUAGGUUCAUCACUUUCAGACAAUGAGGACCUAAUUCGUAAGCACGAGGAACUGAUAAUAAAAGCAAAGGAAUGGCUCUCCGUGGCUGAGAAGCUGCAGAGUGAGGCCCUUGGGAUUCUGCUGUCCAAAGAACAUGUGGAGAAGGAACACCUACAGCUCUCAAACCAGAAACUGAACCGGCUUCAAGAAGACUUGGGUCGGCUCAUGGUGGAAAGGAAGACCUGGUUAAAAAAGGCAAAUGAUUUUUUCAACAGCGCUAACAAGGCAUUUGAUGUACUUGGAAGAGUUGAAGCUUACCUUAAGCUCCUUAAAUCAGAGGGUUUAAGUCUGCCUGUCUUGGCAGCGAGGCAUGAGGAAUUACACAGAGAAAUUAAAGACUGUGCCGCUGAUGCUUUGCAAAAGGGACAAGCCUUAAUCAGCCAAGUAGCCUCCUGCAGCUCUCGCGUGACCGGUGUCCAUGAGAUGAUGGGCUGCAUUAGGGGAAGAGUGGAUCAUCUGACGCAACAGUGUUCCGCGCACAAGGAAUUUGCUCUGAAGAGACAGCAAUUAACAGCCUCAGUGGAGGGCUACCUAAGAAAGGUGGAAUUGUCCAUUCAGAAAAUCAGUCCAGCACUUUCCAGUGCAAUGGAUGUCGGUUCCAGCCUUUCUGACUCAGAGAAGAUUUUGAGUAAAUAUCUGGAACUAGAUAUACAAGCUAAGGAGACAGCACAUGAAUUAGAAGCAGCUAUGAAACUCUUGACGGAGAAAAAUGAAUUUGAACCUGAUGAAGUGGCAUCGCUUUCUUCUAAAGCUAAAUGGCUAGAGAGAGAAUUAAACAUACUUGGCCAAAGCAUCAGCUCCAGAUCACAAAUCCUGCAAACUUAUGUGGCAUUUCUAAAGUCAUCAGAGGAGGUAGAGGAGCAGUGUCAGAACCUAAGGGAAUUCUACCAAACUAAAGUCCCAGGAAAGGAAGAGGAUGAUGCUGAAGUCAAGUGUUGGUUUGUCUCAGUGGAGAAGCAGUGGCAGCUAUUUUUAAAGCGAAGUUUCUUAACUCAAGACCUAGGGCUUGAGAUCCUUAAUUUAAUAAAUAUGGCAAAAGCAAAUGAAAUAUUAAAUGUGAAAAAUGAAGUGCACGUUAUGGAGAACACUAUGGAGAACCGGAAGGCAGAAAGGGAAGAACUGAGCCGCCUUCGGACAGCAUGGCAACGUAAAGCCACGGCAAGCGAGCCUGUGAAACAGCAGUGGGGAGCCUUCAAAGAGCACCUUAGAAAGACUACUCACAACUUAAAACUUCUUCAGGAAGCACUUCUGCCUGUGUCUGCACUUGACCUUGGAGGGAGUCUCCAGACCAUUUUAGGUCUACGGAAAAAAUGGAAUGAAAUGAAGCCUCAGUUCCAGCAACUCAGUGAUGAGGUUCAGUACAUUAUAAAAGAAUCGGAAGAGCUAAGUGGCAGAGGAGCCCCUGUGAAAGAGAAGUCUCAGCAACUAAAGGACCUCAUUCACCUCCAUCAAAGCCAGAGAGAGAGAAUCCGAGAUUACGAGGAUAUCCUGUAUAAGGUAGUCCAGUUCCACCAAGUCAGAGAAGAGCUGGGACGACUCUUCAGAUCAAGAGAACUGGAGUUUCUGGAGGAGCCAGAGGAAAUGGAUGAUGCUUACACUGCCCAGCUUCUCCUCAGUCACUCUCAGGAAAAGCAGGCACACGCAGACCAUCUCUAUAAACUGGCCCUUUCCUUGGGGGUGGAUGUCAUCUCAUCUGUGCAGCGGCCCAACUGCUCUAAUGUUUCUGCCAAGAACCUGCAGCAGCAGCUAGACCUCCUGGAGCAGGAUGGUCUACAGUGGCGAGCCCGGGCCGAGGACUGUGAAUGGGCUCUGGCCCGCGGCGUGGAGUUCUGCACCACAAGGGACGAGAUAAGCGAGCUCAAAGAGUCAUUCAAAGACAUCAAAAAGAAAUUCAACAAUUUGAAGUUUAAUUACACUAAAAAGAAUGAAAAAGCUCGAAAUCUGAAGACUCUUAAAUAUCAAAUUCAACAAGUUGAUAUGUAUGCUGAAAAAUUACAGGUUUUGAAAAGGAAAAUGGGAAAAGUUGAGAAUAAAACUUUUUUCUUAAAUUAUCCAAAUGAUAAAGCAAAUGUCCUUUCAGAAGCCAUGAAGGAUUUGCAGAAAAAUGUGGAUGAGUUUGACAAAGUUGUGACAGAUUACAGGAAGAAUUUGGACCUGACUGAGCAUCUCCAGGAGUUGAUAGAAGAGUGUAACUUUUGGUAUGAAGAUGCAAGUGCUACAGUUGUAAGAGUUGGAAAAUACGCCACAGAGUGCACGACAAAGGCAGCUGUGGAAGUUCUCCACCAGCAGUUCCAAAAGUUUAUCACACCCUCAGUGCCUCAGCAAGAAGAAAGGAUUCAGGAGAUCAGUGACCUCGCUCAGUGCUUAUAUGGUUUUGAGGAAGGACAGAAAUGUGCUGAGAAAAUAGUGGCCAAACACAAGGAGGUCCUUGAAUCUGUUACUGAAUUAUGUAGCUCUCUCACAGAGCUAGAGGAAAAGCUGAAGCAGGGAGAUGUUGUAAAGAUGAAUCUGAAUAUGGAAGACUUCCAUGAUGAUUCCGUCGACCUACUGAAAGAACCAGCGAGAAGUAAGCAGACAGUAUUUAAUAAAGAAAGGAUUAAGGGGCAGACCCCGCUAGCAGACGUCUUGGCCAUCAAUGGAGCAGAAGACAUGCAGCCACUGUCCUCCGGCAAAGAGGGUGCUGCCCAAGGCCUGCUCCUGCCUGCAGACAUGCUUUUAGGAGAAGAAUAUGAGUGUGUCUCACCAGAUGACAUCUCCCUGCCCCCGCUCCCGGGAAGCCCUGAUUCCCUCCUUGCUCCGUCUGACAUGGAGGUGGAGGCAGGUGCCAGCCCCUCCCUCAGCCUUCACACAAGCACCUGCAGGAUGCAGAUGGGGGCCAGUGGUCCAGGGGAGGCCUGGGAUUCUGGCCUUCCACCACCUGCUGCUUUUGCUGAUGUUUGCAAUGAUGAGACAGAAACAUUUUCAAGUCAUUUGGAGAAGCCUUACCCCCAGUUCCAAGCUGAGCCCCCAUUGACAUCUCCAGGAUUUCUGGAAAAGAGUACUGCCUUCCACAGAAUCAGUGCUAAACCUCCAGAGAGCAUGCCGAGUGAAGUGCAUGAGAGAGCUUUGCAACAGCCCCCCCAGGCUCAGGGAAGUUCGCUAGAAACACGGGAGAAGCUGCAUGUUGAUAAUAACGACACUAAAACCCGGAAUAGGCUGCAUGCUUCCCAGGAUGUGUACUCAGGCCUCGGGUUUCAGCCAGGCCCCAGCCAGGCCUAUCAGAGGCAAAUGGUUCCCCCAGAAGAGAUUAAAAGUACAUCAGCAAAGAACAGCAUGGUCAGCCGGGCUGGCCAGGCUCCUACUUUCUCCAGGCUCCUGUCUAAUGUAACUGUCACGGAAGGUUCUCCAGUGACUUUGGAAGUUGAAGUAACAGGAUUUCCAGAGCCUACACUGACAUGGUACAAGAAGGGCCAGAAAUUGUCUGCAGAUGGGCACUUGCAGGUUUUACACAAGGAGACGAGACAUUCGGUGUUCAUUCCGAAGGUAUGUGAGGCAGAUGCAGGCAUCUAUGUGGCUCAAGCCCAAAACUCUACUGGCGUUCUCUCUUCCAGUGUCAUCCUCCACGUGACAGGUAACCGCGGGCCACCAAUCACAAGAAUAAACUGGAUCAUGCUGUGUGUCAUCUACAUUAGCGUGUCCCUAAUGUACUGGAUACUCACACGGUAACUGUGAGGUUGGCACCCGCGGACGUCAUUCUCAUGAGCCUAAAGGACAACAGUAUGGCUGUUUACUUUCCUGCAUCUCCCUCCAAGUGUACCUCCCCACCAAGUGUACCUCCAUUCUUGCCAUAUUGCUUAUUUGGCUGAUACCACUGCUCAUGAAAUAAUAAGAUUUUCUUUCAUGUUUUAAUGUACUUGAAGAGCUUAGGUAAAUCAUUAGCAGUGGAUAAAGAAACACUUCUGUUCUCCAGAAGGUAAUGUAUUCAGUAUAAAACAUAGUCAAAUGACACUCUGUUUAUUGCCUUAUAAUUUAAGAGCAUGCCGAUCAAGUCUCCCAUCAGCAUGCAGUUGUGAAUUAUAUUUCAAAUCCAAUUGUUGGAGAGUCUAUUUUUAAUUGUACUCAUAAACAUCUCUUUGUAGAGUAACAGUAGAAAUGUUGAACUGAAGUUGUAACUUCCAUUAUUGCAUAAGCCGUCCUUUAAUUUUGCUUUUAAUGUCUUGAUCUCAUUUACUGAAGUGCAUUCUAUGUAGUUUCAACAUAGCCUGGACUCCUAAGUCUGAGGAUUCCGCUGUAAGUAGUCAUUCCUCCUGUUGAUUUCAUGGGUUUGACGCUGAAGAAGAGAUGCUCUGUCAACUUUAAAUGGAGCUUCAAACUUCCAUCAGCUGUGCAUGUCACAGAGCAAGAUGGAGCACAGCUUCAGGGGUGGACCAACCAUAUUCUCAUCACUCUGUUGACACAUUUGGGGCAGCCACGUGUAUACAACUGCAACCAGUUCCUCCUGCUUCUAAUCUUGAUUCUGCUGCUGACAAUUUUUUACAGCCUGUGGUAAGGCAUUGUAGUGCCUCAGUUUCCUCUUUGGAAAAUAGGUUCAUCAUCUACCUCUUAGGCAAUUGACCAUUUUCAUUCCUUGUCUUGUAAACGUCUGGAAAAUGAAAAAUACUCUUUGAAGGUGGAGGGUAAUUAUAUUGUUUAAUGUAAUUUGUCAUCAUACCGCUUUCUGCCCACUCUUUCUCUUUCAGAUGUUGUUUCUUUAAAAAUAUUAAAUUAAAGGAGUGAUGUUGGUAUGUGAUUUCCAACUAUUUGCAUGUAGCAAAAUGAUGUUUUAUGAAUUGGAGCUUAAACUCCUUUCUAAUUUCUUAAGACUAUAUCCUUUUCAAAGAUUUGAAAUUAAACUCAGGAGGAUACAUUUAGUAUAAUCUCGAGGUAUAUAAUAGGAUAACAUAAGAUGAAUUGUAUCCUUUCCCUGUAAUUAUCACUAAUAUUGCAGAAUGUUCUGUGCUUUUCUGAAAUAUAUCAUUCAGAAAAGGGGAUCAUUUUAGUUCCUUUAAAAAAUAAACAUGUAUAAGAGAGGCAUUUGUUUUUAGAUUUUAAACAUAGUCUUGUCAUGUUAGGGUAAAAUCUUUAGUUGAAAGAAUAUUCAUUAUAGAUUUUUCAUGAAGCAGAUGAACUAAUUAUGUUGCUGUAAAGACUGUCUACAAAUAGUAAAAAUACUUAAAUUUAAUAUAUUCAAGUUGAUAUUAAAAAGUUACUGAAUUUUAUCUGAAGAUGUGAAAUGUGUGGCUAAGUAAAAAGUUGCCAUGUAUUUUCUUGUGCUGUGUCUUCAAUGUAAUAAAAAAGUUUAAUCUCUUAAUUUUCUUACAGAUUUUGACAGAAACCUAUUAAAAGCUUAUGUAUACAGCCUUCUAGGAAACUCAUAGUCUCUUACCUCUCCUGUCCUUUUCAUCUUGCUAAUUUAGUGGGAUCUCCCUUCCCAUUUUGUCAGCUUGGGUGAAUUUGUGGUUUGGGGUUGUUGGUACCUGGGAGUUGCUGGUUUACCUUACCUGUUACAUGCUGUUAAGGUAAAUCCUUUGGGGAGCAGGGUGGGAUAUACAUAUAUCCAUGGUGUAUGACCAAACAAGGCAUAUAAAUCCUCUGAUAUAU